CCUCUGCUUCACUUUCGUUUCUUCCUGUUCCUGUGGCUCUCCUCGGCUUGCCAGAGGGCAGGCGCUCUGAGUGUCCGUGUAUGCGUGCGUCCCAGCGGUUAUAUUAGCGCUGAUCUUUCUCUGGAGCUCUCGUCUGUCUGCCUCUGCGCGCCCAUCAUGAACACACUCCCAGCGUACUCGGGAGCCAGGAUAUCAGGCUGCUGGGCUCUUAGGGCAGAUGGAAGUGGCGGUGGGGAAGGCUCUCUGGACAGGCUCCUCCCAUCCAUCAACACCAGCCUGUCGCCACGGAAACGAACCACCAGCCAGUGCAAAUCAGAGCCUCCGCUGCUGCGGACCAGUAAGAGGACCAUCUACACCGCCGGACGCCCGCCGUGGUACAAUGAACACGGGACCCAGUCCAAAGAAGCUUUUGUUAUCGGGCUUUGCGGAGGCAGUGCCUCAGGCAAAACAACAGUUGCUCGUAAAAUUAUCGAGGCCUUGGAUGUUCCUUGGGUCGUUCUUCUGUCAAUGGAUUCAUUUUACAAGGUUCUGACGGCCGAACAGCAGCUGCAGGCUGCUAAUAAUGAUUACAACUUUGACCAUCCAGACGCCUUUGAUUUCAGCCUGCUGGUGCACACUCUCCGCAAACUCAAGCAGGGCAAGAGCGUGAAGAUCCCAGUGUAUGACUUCACCACACACGGACGGCAGAAAGAAUGGAAAACGGUGUAUGGGGCCAGCGUCAUUAUAUUUGAGGGGAUCAUGUUAUUUGCAGAUAAAGAGCUGCUGAAGCUGCUAGAUAUGAAGAUCUUUGUGGACACAGAUUCUGACAUCCGGCUGGUACGGAGGCUCAGGAGGGACAUCACAGAGCGCGGCCGGGACAUUGAGGGAGUGAUCAAACAGUACAACAAGUUUGUGAAGCCAGCCUUUGAACAGUACAUCGAGCCCACCAUGAGGCUGGCAGAUAUCGUGGUGCCACGCGGUGGCGGCAACAUGGUGGCCAUUGAUCUUAUAGUGCAGCAUGUACACAGUCAGCUGGAGGAGCGGGAACUCAGCGUCAGGGCGGCACUAGCGUCUGCCCAUCAGGCCCAGCCCCUUCCACAGACCCUCAGUGUUCUGGAGAGUACGCCGCAGGUCCGCGGCAUGCACACCAUCAUCAGAAAUAAGGAGACCAGUCGUGACGAGUUCAUCUUCUACUCCAAGAGGUUAAUGCGGCUCCUCAUCGAGAGAGCGCUGUCCUUUCUUCCAUCUCAGGUUCACGUUGUUCAGACCCCACAAGGAGAAGAUUACGAGGGCAGAACCUUUCAUGGGAAGAGGAUUACGGGUGUGUCGAUUCUCAGGGCGGGAGAGACCAUGGAGCCCGCGCUUAGGGCCGUGUGCAAAGACGUCCGCAUUGGCAAAAUCCUCAUCCAGACCAAUCAGGACACAGGAGAGCCGGAGUUGCACUAUUUGCGUCUGCCCAAAGACAUCAGCGAGGAUCACGUGAUUCUGACGGACUGCACUGUGUCCACUGGAGCGGCAGCCAUGAUGGCUAUCAGAGUUUUACUUGAUCAUGACGCUCAGGAGGAUAAGAUCCUGCUGGUGUCUCUGCUGAUGGCUGAGAUGGGUGUCCAUUCUGUGGCCUACGCCUUCCCUCAGGUCAAAAUCAUCACCACCGCCGUCGACAAGAAGGUCAAUGACCUGUUCCACAUCAUCCCCGGCAUAGGAAAUUUUGGGGAUCGUUAUUUUGGCACGGAUGCACCUCCAGACUGGAGUGAUGAUGACAUGGAUGAGCCCAGCUGCUGACCUGAGUGUCAGAUCAUUUCAUCCGCACAGAUUUGUGAAGCCACUCUGAUAAUCACGCCUGAUAUUUGUACAUUAUAAAAUAUUUUUAUACUUUUUGGCACUCCCAAGUUGAAGUAUUUUAUGUGAAGUUUUUAUUUAUGAAGGUUUAUUUAGAUGUUUUUUUUUUUUUUAUGUGAGUUAUUUAAUAAUAUUUACUGUCGUUUAAUGUUUGAUUCUGAAGCACAUGCAGUUGAUUCAUUGCCUUUUGUGUUUGCUGCCACUUUUGGAAUCUGCUAUUUUAGUAUUUUUGGCAUGUGAACACAGUAUGUCUGCUUGUCACGGCAUACAACAUGUCACUUUUAUUUAACUCCCGUUUCAUGCAGCAGUCAAGUUUCAGAGAGUAAAGUAAGACUCAAAGCGCUGCCUUGCUACACUUAGACAGUGAAUUUCUUUGAAGGACCACUUCAUCGGAAAAAAUGUGUGGGCGUUGCUUUGUUUUAAUCUUUGCUUUCUCGCUUUACCUGCAGACGGCUGCUGACCAAACCACAGGCUGUUAACAAUUACACUUUCACAACGGAGCACUGCAUUCUGUACAAGAACUUAAACAUUGUAACGUUUUUCUAAAAUUUUGUGCAAAAAUGUUGACAGUUUGUUUAGAUGCCAGAUGCUGAGCUCAAUUUAAGGGAUAUGAGAUGAUCAAACUGUCGAACGGAAGCAUGAAGGAGCAGCUCCUGUUAAACGUAGAAAUGAUCUUUAUUGUAGUUCGUGUCUAAUCAACGGCCACUGAUUUUUAAGACAUUUAAAGUUUUCUUUUUGAUCUUUGUGGAAAAAGCUUGCGUUCUGCGAUGAGAAUGACCUACAUGUUUUGUUUUGUUUUUUUGACUCACAAAAGUGCAGCGUCUUGCAUCUGUCCAGUGAGUCUAUAGCUGCCUUUACCAUAUAUGGCUGACAUCUGCUUGAUGUUUGCUGUCACGUCGAGAACAUACAGGACGUAUAAGAACAAAACUAGCCCACAGGAAGUGUUGGUGUUUGGCCUGAAAUUCAACCAAAUGAGCAUAGUGCUUGCUCUUAUUAUGGGUGACGCAUUGAUAUCUCUUUGUUUUAUCGUUUUACCCCACUGAGCACUUUCACUUUGAGAAAGUACCUAGCCUGAAGAAAUUAGUUAAUUAUAGAAAUAUAAUGCGAUUGUAUGUGUGUGUGUGCGUGUCGUUUAUUUGAUUUACACUGACUUUUUAAUUUAUAUUUGUAGUUAACCAAAAGAAAAUUCCUUGGUUGUAAAAUACAAAAAAUAGUUUGGCAGAAAAAACAAACAAUAUUGUGUUAAUGUGAGAGCACUGAGAUCUGCAUUGACAAAGUCAAGAUCUAGUGAAUGUAUCUGCUGUGACUUUUGUCCCACAACAGGAAUAAAAGUCUUACGAUUUGUGCGGAGCUAUUUAUUUUAUUGCAUUGUCAUUGCACACAUUCUUGAAUACUUCAUUCUGAUUGGUCAGUCUGAUAUUUUUGUGUAAUGACUGCUACACUGUUUAAUUGACCAUUGUCCCCGGCAACCGAUGUUCUAGAUAACAGUCUCUCAUAUCCACAGUCUGUUUCACCUUGCAUAAUAAAUUCAUUUAAACUCAA